GUUGCGACGUACAGACAUGGCGCUUGUGUCUUUUUGCUAAGCGUUAGCAACUUUCAAAUACACACAGUUCUGUAGUUUUUAAAAACAUAUUUCGACAACAUAUUUACUCAAACGGUGGAGGCUGUGUUGUGCGUUCAGGAUGAGUGGGGGUUUGGCACCAAGCAAAAGCACCGUGUAUCUGUCGAACCUGCCUUUCUCGCUUACCAACAGUGACUUGCACAAGCUAUUUACCAAAUAUGGAAAAGUUGUAAAGGUUACAAUUGUUAAAGAUAAAGACACCCGACAAAGUAAAGGAGUGGCGUUUGUUCUCUUCCUGGACAGAGAAUCCGCUCACAACUGUGCAAGAGCAGUGAACAACAAACAAUUGUUUGGCAGGACAGUGAAGGCGAGUAUUGCCAUAGACAAUGGGCGAGCAGCUGAGUUUAUAAGGAGACGGAACUACACAGACAAAACGAAAUGUUACGAAUGUGGGGAUACAGGUCAUCUGAGCUACGCAUGCCCCAAAAACAUUUUGGGAGAGAGGGAACCCCCGAAGAAGAAAGAAAAGAAAAAGAAGAGGAAAGCUCAGCAACCUGAGCAUGUUGAAGAAGAAGAAGGAAGUGAAGAAGAGGGAGAGGACCCAAGCUUAGAUAGUCUGAGCCAAGCCAUAGCUUUUCAGCAAGCCCAUAUGGAGGAAGAGGAGAAACAGAGGAAGCAGGCGCUCUUGUCUCAAGAGGAUGGUGCUCAUGCUUCAACAUCCUCAGACUCGAAGAAACCGAGGAUCAAAAAGAGUGCAUACUUCAGUGAUGAGGAGGAGCUUAGUGACUAAUAACACACAGUUUGGACCUAAAUGUCGUCUGUCAAAUAAUGUUUUGUUACUUGUAUUAUAUUAUUCUGGGAUUAUGCUAAAAGAUAACUCUGUUUACACUGAUGAAGUUAGAUUUUUUUCUUUUUGUACAUAGAACUGAGAUUUUUAUGUUUCUAGAAAUACUGUUCUUGGGUUGAUUUAUUGAGUGUGUGUGUUGUCACUCAAUAAAACAUUUUUUCUUAAUGACAAAUGAAUUGCUGGCUGUGCCAGUGUCAACCUCAGAGUCAGAUAAAGAAUGCCGAAGAAAAAGGGUUGUUUACUAUAGAUAGGCUAAGUUAAAAUGACUGAUGCUGAAAAAGUCUAUUAUUUUUUUUUAUCACUGAUCAGUUUACUGGCUGGAUAAUUUUUUUAUGUGUAAAUGUUUCCUAUGAAAUGUCAGAAGUGGUGGGUGACAAAUGUAUCAAUUGAGCAUAAUUUUCUGCUUAUUUUUAUUACUAGCAGCGAAAACGAUGAUGCAUAUUUGGAUGUGUAUUUGACAUUGAACAUACUAAAAACUAGGGCUAUGCCUUUUAUUUUAGUUGAUGCAUACCCCUUAAGGAUUAAGCGACGUGCAGUGACCUUGGGCGGUGAAUGUAAAUCCUAAAUAAUGCAACAGCUAAGAUGCAGCAGUUGGGGGUUUCCCUGCAGUAAAAUCCCAUCAUCGGGACGGAGGUAAUGGAGAAGCCAGUUUCUUGUCCUUGAGAUGGAAAAGUUUGGGGACAGUCCCAGCCUUCGCAAACCAACACGUCAGGUUAGAUUGUGGGUGCAGCGGUGCGCUCGGAAAUGUGGUUUACGAUGCUCUCUUGCGUCAGCACGCAAAUAAAGCGCAGGA